AUGGAUCCUGGUCACUUCCAUUGCAUGAUGGAUGUGAGAAAUUUUGUAGGACUUUCGUUAUGUUCUUCAGGAGUCAGUCCUGGUCUACCAUCUGGUGAAAAGAAGGAAUCAUCAUGUUUGAGUAGAGAUACAAUUGCAAAUGCAACAGCAGAUGUUGGCCCCGCUGUUGUGAAUAUAUCGUUUUCACAUGGUAUUUACGGAAUUGCUUCUGCUAAAAGUAUGGAAUCCGGAACAAUUAUUGACAAGGAUGGCACAAUUUUAACAUGUGCUCAUGUUGUGGCUGAUUUUCGUGGUCCACGAGCUGCAUCCAAAGGAAAGGCAAAGGUUACUUUACAAGAUGGUCGAACAUUUGAAGGGACAGUAGUGAAUGCUGAUUUUCACUCUGAUAUUGCCAUUGUGAAAAUCAAUUCUAAAACCCCUCUUCCCAUGGAAAAACUUGGUUCUUCAAGCAAGCUCCGACCUGGUGAUUGGGUUGUAGGAAUUGGAUGUCCACUUUCGCUUCAGAAUACUGUCACAACUGGUAUAGUAAGUUUUGUUGAUCGUAAGAGUAGUGAUUUGGGUCUUGGUGGAAUGGGAAGGGAAUAUCUACAAACAGACUGUGCAAUUAAUGUGGGAAAUUCUGGGGGCGCUCUUGUUAAUGUUGAUGGAGAAGUUGUUGGUGUAAACAUUAUGAAAGUUGAUGAUGCUGUUGGUUUAAGUUUUGCCGUACCAAUUGAUUCAGUCUCCAAAAUUACAGAGCAAUUCAAGAAAAGAGGGUAUAACAAUUUUAAAGACUAUUUGUUGUGAGUGGAUUGUAUCGUUGAAUAGACUGAUAGAUUCUAUUUGUGUGUAGAAAAGGUUUGUCUCUUUGUUUUUUCUCUCAUGUUCAAUUCAGGCUUUAAUGAAGAUUUCAUAAUUUCAAGUCAUAACUUUCUCCUUAUUUAAAUGUUUCAUCUUUAUUUUUAUAUAAUUGCUUUUUUUUCCCCAUUACUAUGGCUUGUUGUUUGUUUGAAUGCUCAAUCUAUGUUAUCCUUUUUUUACGUGGGAAGGCAAUUUAUGAUGUUUAAAUUUUGUAGUUACACUUAUGGUGUGUGCUGAAACAUGAAUCAAUCAUAUAUAGUCAUGCACGUUAUUAUGUUUGAUGGUUUUAUACUUGAUUCAAACAUCAGUUUUACCAUCUAAACAGUUUUACCAUCUAAACAGUUUUACCUAUGAUGCCUAGUAUCCCUGUACAAUCAAGUAUGUGAAGUGUUCAAGAGAGAGCUUGGCAUGAUACCGGAUAAGGUAUAUUUACUUGACUAAACCUAUUUCAUAUAAUCAGAUUAUGCAUUCAUUCUGUUGAAUGGAGAUUACUUUUGCAAUCUGACAGAAGCUAGUUAUCUUGAUUGUGUUACUGUUACAUAUGAGUUGGCACUUCUGUUUUCUGUAUUCUGAUCACAUUAUAGCACGUUUCAAUGUGCGUGACAAGUUGAAGUUUCAUUAACAUUUGGCCUUUCAUAUGAUUAUAUAAAUGUGAUUAUGGUUAUAAUAUUAAUUUUUCUCCUUGGAUCAGAGUCUGCCUGAGGUUCAUGCAAAUGCGGCAGAAACAUUAUGUGCUAUAGCCCGUAAUGCCCCAUCUGCUCUUGCUGCCAAAAUUUAUAGCCCCAGAUUGACCAAGAACCGCCUCUUUAUUUUUUCAGUUUUUAUGGUAGUAUGUAGAUAAGUCAUUAUUGUUUUGACUUAUCAAUCACUUAUGCAGUUUUGUUGCAAGGAUAUUUGAUCAUGCUUUGGAAGAUUCACAUUCAAAGUCUGGCCUUGUGCAUUCACUUUCUGUAUGCAUUUCUUUGUUGGAUCCAAAGAGAUCAUCAGCGUAUUCUCCUUUGUUUUACUCUUUCCGAAAUCAACAUAUGUAUGAAUGUCCAGUUCCUGUUGAUCCAGAGACUGUUGGUGCAAUGCUCCUAAACUUGGUGAUUUGUUAAAACUCUUAAACUUGUCAUCUGAUGAUAAAGUAUUACCCACAACAUAUGGAUAAAUACGGCCUCCUCUUGGAAAACAUCGUUUGAAGGAACUAUUGACAUGGAUCUGAUUGCCACGGGAAUAUCGACAAGCGAAAGGAUGCGAAGGGAGAGUUUAUUAUCGGCAACUCGCAACAUUAUUAUGGAGAAAAUGCAGCUUGGAGGACCCUCCAUGCGCCUGGCCGAGUUGCUGGAUGAGUUGAAGAAGAAGAAUCCUAAUAAUGAAGUCCAUCUCAACAACGUAUAUUACAUCUCUUAAUCUCUCAAACCCUCCCAAAUUUAUAGACAAAUAAAAUUGUGUUGCCCUUACACAGAAGAUUCUGUUGCCCUUGUAAAAUCAUAAUCUUUGUAUUACUUGUAAUUUGUGUUUUCAAUGUCUGAAUUAUUGUACGCCUUUUAAAUUAUAAUU